AUGGCCUACAGAAGAGAAUGGCUCCAUGGGCCAAAAAAAGACGAUUGCGAAAUGAAAAGUUUCAUGGGAAAGUGCCUGGAUGGAGCACUGAUGGAGAUCGCUUUAAAGGAGGCUGAUAAACAACCAUGUAGAGGUCGGGUGCUUCUUGCGAACAAAUAUUUUGGAUGUGGUUUGGUGUUGACCACCAAGAAGAGUUCUAGUAAGCACCGUGUAGUCCUGAAUUGCAUGUUCGACACAAGCUCAAUUCCUCACACUAGGCCCCCGGGUUAG